ACCAGUGAUAUUUGAACGAACAGCAACGAGUUUACCCGAUUGUGAGCGAAGCCACAUCCGGUGUAUGCCUCCUUAGCAUUCUAUUAGCUCCCGAGCUAACAGCUUCUGGGUUUUAUUUUAUUUGUAGUGCGAUCGCAAGUGUAAGAUUUCAAACCAUGGACAGUGACAUGUCAGACAACGACCCCAUGCCAGGGCCUGAGACCAGUAGUAUGGAUGGAGAGAAUGCACCACUCUACUGUAUCUGCCGGAAACCGGACAUAAACUGCUUCAUGAUUGGUUGUGAUAACUGCAAUGAAUGGUUCCACGGCCACUGCAUUAACAUCACGGAGAAGAUGGCAAAGGCAAUCCGGGAAUGGUACUGCAUAAAAUGCAGAGAUAAAAACUCUUUGUUGGAAAUAAAGUACAGAACGAAGAAAAGCAAGGAGAGGGAUUCUGAGCCUGACAGAUCUGAAAGGGUUUACAGCAGCCCGGGUACCCCUGACUAUAGGAGUGAGAGGAGGCGUGGAUCAAAAGUGAAGCGUUCAGUCCGAAUGUGUGGGGAAUGUGAGCCCUGCAAACGGACUGAGGACUGUACCAAGUGUGACUUCUGCAAGGACAUGAAAAAGUUUGGAGGCCCGAACAAAAUCCGACAGAAGUGCAGGUUCAGGCAAUGUGUGGUCCGAGCCAGGAAAAUGCUGCGUGUGAAGGAUGAGGAAUUCUCUUUGCGGGAAAGGAGGGAAAAUUCCCACCACAGAAGGAGACGGUACUCUGACGACUACGACAGUGAGAUAGAGCUGUACCAGAAGUACAAGUCAGCGGGACUUGAAGACAACAUGGCAUGGGCCAGUGAUGACGAUGAUGAGCCACCAUUCAGUCCCGUCAUGCGAAAGAAAGCAGUGAAGGUGAAACACGUCAAGAGACGAGAAAAGAAGUUAGACAAAAAAAAGGAGUCCCGUCGCCACAAACAGAAGCAGAAGCACAAAGACAGAACCAGGCACAGUGAGAAGGGGGAGUUACGGGAUAGCGGAGGGCAACGUCAGUGUCUGGGACCAUCCUGUGUGGAGGCAUCAAGACCCAGCUCCAAAUACUGCUCUGAGGAGUGUGGCAUGAAAUUAGCUGCCAACCGGAUUUAUGAGAUCCUCCCCCAGCGCAUCCAGCAGUGGCAGCAGAGUCCCUGUAUUGCCGAGGAGCAUGGGAAGAAGCAGCUUGAGCGCAUCCGCCGGGAGCAGCAGAACGCUCGGCUGCGCCUCACCGACAUGGAGCGACGCUUCCACGAACUGGAGGGUAUCAUUACCAAGGCCAAGCAGCAGGCGGUUCAGCAGGACGAGGAGGUGAAUGAAGGCGAUAACGAGGACACAGAUCUGCAGAUUUUCUGUGUGUCCUGUAGUCAUCCCAUCAACCCAAAGGUGGCGCUGAAACAUAUGGAGAGAUGUUAUGCAAAGUACGAGAGUCAGACCUCCUUUGGCUCCAUGUACCCUACAAGAAUAGAAGGAGCAACCAGACUCUUCUGUGAUGUGUACAAUCCCCAGAGCAAAACGUAUUGCAAGAGGCUUCAGGUUCUGUGUCCAGAACAUUCCAGGGAUCCCAAGGUCAGUGAAAUCCAAGUAGAUGAGGUGUGUGGAUGUCCUCUGGUGAAGAACGUGUUUGCGCUGACAGGAGAAUAUUGUAGAGUCCCCAAAAGGAAAUGCAACAGACAUUACAACUGGGAAAAGCUGAGGAGAGCUGAGGUGGACUUGGAGCGAGUCAGGGUGUGGUACAAGUUGGACGAGCUCUUUGAACAGGAGCGUAACGUCAGGACAGCUAUGACCAACAGAGCUGGUCUCCUCGCUCUGAUGCUGCAUCAGACUAUUCAGCACGACCCCGUGACAACUGAUCUCCGUAGCAGCAAGGAUAGGUAGUGGACCUAGUCCGCGUCUGUUGAUCACUUUACAUAAUAUGAGAUUCGUGUGUAAAGGAUUAAUCUUAUCGAACAAUGACCAUCGUUUUGAUGACAACUGGUUUUCUAACUAGAUAAUUAUUUUAAAAUCUUUGUAUAUUAAUUAAUUUUAAGUGGUAAAUGGAUAUAUAUUUUCCUGAAUGGUACUGCUGAUUGAAAACUGCUGUUUUUGGUAUGAACACCCUGAAUAAACACAGUGAACUUGC